AUGUCCAGCGACUCAUCUUCAGAUAUUCUAUCCGAUAACGAAGAAGUGUCACAACAAAGUCCCAAAGACAUUCCCGCUCGAUCAAGGCACGGCGAAAAGAAGGCCUUUAAGCCACCGUCAGGAUACCAAUCUGCAAGCUUCUCAGACGAUUUACUUGAAACAUUUGCCAAUGAUGCGGUUUCUAAGAAGUCCGGAAAGCAGGUAUGGUGUAUAAAAUUACCGGAUGGGAUAUCCCCCGCUCAAUUGGACGGAUUGUCAAUCGGCCUGCCAUCAGAACAAGAUCCAAACACACCUCUAGCCCACCUUGUAAUCGAACGGGCGGGCAGAGGAGAUUCAAAUAAAUCAUACCAACAGAAGUAUCUCUUACAAAACCGGAAAACAGCUUCAAAGCACGAUCAAACCAAGCAACAAGAUUCCAAAACACAACUGAUCGCAAUGGCUGGCGGAAAUGCUGGCUUAGAAAAAGAUGAAGAUAAUUCAAACGAUAAUCUUGCAAAUGAGGAGAUGGAAUCCUUGCAUGUUAUGCUACCAAAUCGAAAAUCAGAUGGGCAAUAUGUUCUUGCUCCGGUCAAAGUUAGUCAAUACAUGCAACUUGUGAUUGAAACUCCUGUUCAAUCUAACGAUAUGACAGGUUCAACUGACGCUGAUCCCAAAAAGAUUGCCAAAGAUCUAAACACAAACAAACAAACAACCGCAAUCAGUGCAGGUGCCAAAAGACAAAGGACACAACCAUGGGACAAAUUAAAGGGUUUCUUCAAUCCAGCCGGUUCGCGUACAUUAGACGAAGAAGUUGAUGAUAGCGACGAAAAGAAGGUCAAGAAGGCUAAGGUAGAGCAAAAUCUUGAGACAGGCGCUUCCUCCUCUCCUAAGAAGAGCAAGAAGUCCAAAAAGAGCUCAACAUAA